GAUAAAAUUCUAAAUUGUUUGCCUAAAAGCAUCAUGUGUCACUCAAUGGGCCACGCAAUAUGCGAACUGAAGAAUAUGCCGCUCUCUGGCGAUAAGGAGCUGGACAGCCAGAUAAAGAAGUGGAUCAAAUGGGACCACAAUCAGGAUACGCUAUCUCAAAUUAUGGAGGCAGUCAAAAUGGAGGAUUGGGACACAUUAAGGUGUCGUCUCUGCAAGAGAAUCACAUUCGGAACAUCUGGUUUACGAUCCGUGAUGCGAGCUGGCUUCGAUUCAAUGAACGAACUAGUUGUUGUACAGACAGCGCAGGGUUUGUGUUCCUAUCUAAAGCAACAAUAUCCGGAUGAGACAAUGUGGCCCGAUCGAGGCAUUGUUGUGGGCUAUGAUGGUCGCUACAACAGUCAACGCUUUGCAGAGCUGACAACGAUUGUGUUUUUGAGCCAGAACUUUCGCGUCUUUCAAUUCCGAUGUCUCGUUGCCACGCCCUUUGUGCCCUACUCUGUAUUGAGGCUGAAUUGCCUGGCUGGUGUCAUGGUGACUGCCUCCCACAAUCCCAAGCAGGAUAAUGGCUACAAGGUUUAUUGGACAAAUGGUGCUCAGAUCAUUCCACCACACGAUGAGGCCAUCAAUCAGUCCAUCCUGGAGAAUUUGCAGCCGAGUCCCGAUUCCUGGGAUGAGACGGUGCUCUGCGCCAAUGAGCUGUUGAGCGAUCCCUAUAACAACGUUGUGCCAGCCUAUUAUGACGCACUAAAAAAGGAGAUCUCCUGUCCACUGAUGGAGGCCAAUGGCAGAUGCACUUUGACCUUUACUUACACAGCGAUGCAUGGCGUUGGUUAUCCCUAUGUGAAGUUAGCCUUUGGCAAGAUUAAUCUCAAACCAGUGAUUCCGGUGUGCGAGCAGGUUGAGCCCGAUCCCGAGUUCCCAACGACACCAAAGCCCAAUCCGGAGGAGGGCAAGGAAAGCCUACAAUUGGCGCUGUGUCGUGCAACUGCCAAGAAGAGUCCCAUCAUUCUGGCCAAUGAUCCGGAUGCAGAUCGUCUGGCUGUCGCCGCUGUCGAGGAGAAGGACAAAUAUAAACUAUUCAGUGGCAAUGAGUUGGGUGCUCUGUUGGGCUGGUGGGCAUUACACAACUACCGGAUGAAGGAGGAGAGUGCCGACUUAUCGAAUUGUUCGAUGGUCGCCAGUACGGUUAGCUCGAAGAUACUUAAAUCGAUGGCUGAAGUCGAGGGUUUCAAUUACCACGAAACGUUGACCGGCUUCAAAUGGAUUGGCAACAAAGUGAUUGACGAACAGACUGCGGGCAGAAAGGUGCUGUUUGCAUUUGAGGAAUCCAUUGGCUAUAUGCUAUCCACAAAUGUGAUCGACAAGGAUGGCAUCAGUGCGGCGGCCCAUGUGGCAACAAUGGCCUGCUACCUAAAGUGUAAAAUGUGCAUGACAAUGCAGGAGAAACUGCGUGAUAUCUACGAGACCUAUGGCUAUCAUACGAGCAUCGUAUCCUAUGUCACUUGUAAGGACAAAGUCCUCAUAGAGAAGAUUUUUAAGCGAUUGCGCACCUUUGAGGACGAGCAGGAGAACACCUAUCCCAGCAGCAUACUGGAUGGCGAAUUUGAGAUUGAGAAUGUGCGCGAUUUGACGACAGGAUACGACAGCAGCACUCCUGAUAAGAAAGCCACUCUGCCGGCUAGCGAGAGCAUCCAGAUGAUAACGUUCACCUUCAAGAACGGCUUCGUCGUAACCCUGCGCACCAGCGGCACCGAGCCCAAAAUGAAAUACUAUGCGGAGAUGUGCGGCAAGCCGGAGAACAAACGUUGGGAUGAACUCGAGCUGGCGCUUCAUCGGAUGACCGAAGCGGCUGUCGAGGAGUUCUACGAACCCAAAAAGAAUGGCCUGCAAUUGAGAGCAGACUGAGAAAGAAGUCUAUACGAAUAACACAAAUAAAUUAAAUAAAGAAGAAUAACAAGCUGCAGCUAACUAAAAGCAAAUUAAUGUAAAUUGACAAUAUUGAAUACAAUAACAUUCCUAAAACAUCAAUAAAGCAAAGAGUAAACAUUUAAA